AUGAAGUCGUCUGCUUUAGUGGCCAUGGCCGCCUCGGUGGGCCUUGUUUCUGCCGCGUGUGAUUUUAUCGAGGGCAACUACUACUGCUCCAAAACAAACAAGGUAGCCUUCCAGAACGUGGGUUUCUCCUCUUCCUACCAGGAUGUCACUUCCAUGGAUGAGAACUCCGGUAAGUGCACCCAGGAAACCCACCAUUUCUCUGGCAACUUGGCUCCUUUGAACGAGGAGUUGUCCUUCCACUUUAGAGGACCCUUGAAGUUGAAGCAGUUUGGUGUCUACUACCCUAAGGGCGGUAACUCCAAGAGAGACGCCGAGGCCGACGAGGACUGCUCCACCACCAAGCACGUCCACCACAAGCACGUCAAGAGAGCCACUGCUUUUGUCACCCAGACCGUGUUUGUUGACCAGUACGGUAACACCGUCACCUCGACGGCCACUCCUUCUACUGCCGCUGGCGAGAGUUACGAGAUCACUCAGACCAACACAGCCUCUGUGUCCUCGGACGGUGGUGCUCCCUCUGGCUCCUCCAACGGUGCCGUGGACGCUUCUUCUUCGUCCGCUUCCUCCGGCUCCCAGUCCACCUCCAAUGCUCAGACUGGCGACUGGGUGAGAAGCUCUUACUACAAGCCAGGUACUGCCGAGAACUGUACCUUCUUGAACCACCACGGUGGUUCUGGCUCUGGUGUGUGGUCCUCUGCCUUGGGUAAUUCUCUUUCUUACGCCAACAGCGACAACUCGGGCGGCGCUUCUUCUCCUCAGAUCUUGAGUGACGUCACUAUCGAGUCCAACACUGAGUUCGUCAUCAUGUCCGGCCUCAAGUGUGGUGACGACUCCGAGAACGGUGACUGUGGCUUCUACAGAAAGGGUAUCCCAGCAUACCACGGUUUCUCUGGUGACACCAAGUUGUUUGUGUUCGAGUUCUUGAUGCCUUCCGAUGGCUCUAAGGGCUUCAACGCCGACAUGCCUGCUAUCUGGGCUUUGAACGCUAAGAUCCCAAGAACUUUGCAGUAUGGUGAGGCCACCUGCUCUUGUUGGAAGUCCGGUUGCGGUGAGUUGGACUUGUUCGAGAUUCUUCACUCCGGUUCUGACAAAUUGAUUGCCCACUUGCACUCUGGUCAGGGUUCCAACGGUUCUGGCUACGGUGGUGGUGGUUCUCAGGACUACUUCGAGAGACCAACCGAGAACUCUAUCAAGGCUGCUGUCAUCAUGACCGGUAAGGAGAUUGUCAUCAAGAUCGUCGAUGACGACUUUGACUCUGUCUUGACUGCCGACACUGUCGACGGCUGGUUGGACGCCUCCGGUACCGUGGCCAAGAUCGCUAACUAA